AUGGUUGAUGAAGUUAUUGAAAACUUAAAACUAGAGAAAGAUAGGUUUUUUGUCGAGUCAGGUCAAAAAACUAGUUCACUUCUUGAUAUGUCAUCAUCAAGAUUGUCAAAGAGACGUACUAUUAGUAAGAGGCUCGAGUUUCUACCAUUUAACAAUGACUCGUAUGUUAUAACAUUGAUGGAUUCUAUUGAUGCUUAUGGGGAAACAAGUAGGUCAAUUCUUGAAGGAUCAUCAUCAAGAUUGUCAAAGAGUACUAAUAAUAGUACUAGUAGUAAAAGGCUUAGUUAUCGACCAUCGAAUGACUCAAUGGAUUCUUAUGGGGAUCAAGAAACUAGUUCAAUUCUUGACAUGUCAUCAUUAAGUAGUAACGACAGUAUUAGUAGUAACGGGCUCGGGUAUUUACCAUCGAAUGAAUCAAUGGAUGCUACUUCAAUUCUUGAAAGGUCAAAGAGUAAUAGUAGUCACGGGUUUGUGUACUAUGUACCAUGUAAAAAAACAUAUGUUAUAAUGCGAUUGAUAUCGAGGGAUCCUUAUGAGGAUAUCAAGUAUUUUUUGGAAAGAAUGGUUGAUGAAAAUCUAGAAAUUGAAGAUUGGAAGGAGUCUCUUGAAGAGUUAUGUGGUUGGCUAUUGGAGAUUAAUGAGAAAAACAUUCAUAAAUAUAUUGUUGGGGCAUUUUGUGAUUUGUGGAUGAGUUAUUCAUGUACUUCAACAACAAAUACUCCAUUUGAAUUUAAUUCUAGCAAACCUCCUAGUCUCUAUUUUAUGUCUAUGAUAGAAGAUGAGGCUGAUCAGAUGAUUGCAGCGUCAACAUUCAGUGUAAUUUCAUAA